AUGCUUGUUGUUCAGUCCCCCUGUACCAUGUCUCUGUUGCCCAGAGUCGGAAAAUUGGUUCUUUCUAGAACAGCACUUUUGGUGUGCGAUAUUCAAGAAAAGUUUCGAUCACAAAUAGCUCAUUUCGACGCCAUCACUGAAGUCUCUAGUCGUAUGCUGCAAGCGGCCAAAAUCCUCGGCAUACGAACUGUAAUAACCGAAAUGUACCCAAAAGUGGAGAAACCUCCGCCACGAGAAAGCAGUCUGGGCAAAACUGUCCAGGAAUUGGGCGAUCUCAGCGGAAUUCCUGUGAUCCCAAAAACAGCGUUCAGUAUGUACACAGAUGAAGUGGCGCAGGUGUUGGAAUUAGGCAAACAGAUCGAUAGUGUUUGGCUUUGUGGCCUCGAGACGCACGUGUGUGUUCAAGCGACAGCGUUGGAUCUGGUCGAACGUGGGGCUCAAGUUCAUUGCAUCAUGGAUGCAUGUUCCUCACGAAAUAUGGUCGAUCGUCCUGCACGUUGUGGUGAGGUGGUCGAAUUUAUAAGAAGUCGUGUCAAUAUUGUUGGAUCGGAUUUACCGGAAAUAGCUGUGUAUAGUGAUUCGAUCGAUUGUAAUAGUAGUAAUAAUAGUAGAUCCCUGUGA